AUGAAUACUAGCGGCUCCGCCUACACCAACCUCGAGUCGCUGCUGCUGUUCCAGUGCCUGCAUGCCUACGGUGUCGCCCCGUCUGUCUUCGGGCGCAUCUCCGACCUGCUGAAGAAGCACCCCGAUGUGGCCGCCCACAGGUACUUCCAGCCCGGCCGCCUCAGCCCCGAUGCGCUGCGCAACUUCUACCUGGAGCGUCUGAAGCGGGAGCUCGAGCACGAGCAGGGCGGCGACAGCGAUGGCCCCAACGGGGAAGUCACGAACCCGGCCAAGAGAAAGAGGCAUAGCCCAAGUCUGCCGACGGUGCAGGAGUCGCUGCAGCACCAGCACCUGAUCCCGAAGCUUGUGACGAAACUCUACGCGUCUUAUCGAUAUGAGAUCACGGAACAGAUCCGGAUAGAGGAGGAGCGAUACGAGCGGCUGCAGCGCGACCUCCAGGGCAUCGAGCGCGGAGAGUGGGACGAUCAGCUGCGCGAGAAGGCAAGCAGCCGGACACCGUCAUCGCGCAGUCCUACGCUGCCCAGGAAGUCGCCGCAUCUCGCCCCGAAGACGUUGCAGCCGAAUGCCAGCUCCACCCCCGUCCAGAACGGCACACGUGGAGCGCCCGUCAUCGCGCCUUCCCCAGAUCCAUCUCAACAACAGCCGGCAUCCGCGCCACCACACCAGAACGGACACCCUUCGCCAACUCAGCGCAAGAGGCCGCAUCCCUCCUCAGAUGGGCGACGGACGCCUUCGACACCACAGCCAAACCCAACUCAGCCACAUGCACCGUCGCGAUUCCAGCAACCGCCGCAACCCCACGCCAACUACAACUACCCCCAGAACAUACAGCCCCAGCCAGGCUCGCACCAGAAUGCCGGCCAUGCUCCGCAGCCACAGUCACCAGCGCUGGGGUCUCCCGGGCCUCAGUUCCAGCCCCAGCCAGGCCAGAACUACGCGAUGAACGGCGCGCCGCAGUAUGGGCCACCGGGCUCCCAACCGCCAUACCCUCCACAGCAGUUCCCCAUGCAACAACCUUCUGGGCCUCAUUCACCCGGAGUUCACCAUGGGCAACAGCAGAGAGCGCAUUAUCCCCCUCCUGGUCACCAGCCCUACCACCCACUGCAACCGCAAAUGGCCCAACCACCGCCCCAGGCAGGCUUCAUGCUACCACCGUUCCAAGUUGCGCCUCAAGACCCCUCGCGCGUCCACCAUCAAGCCGCUGUGCCGCCGCACCACCCUCAGGUCUCCACGCCUGCGAGCAAUCGGCAGCAGCCCAGAGCAAACAUACAGACUCCCGGCACCGGCACCGGCAGAUCAGGCGCGCCUCAGAUGCAUCCCCUCGUCAUCCAGGCGAGACAGUCUUUCUCCACUCCGAUGAAUGCGCGCUCUCCGCACAGCGCUCUAGCCACCCCGGUGUCAGCCAAGAGUCUUUGGAAACGAUCAAGCUUUACCGGGACACCUGGAAGUUCUGCGAGCCCGCGCCCCGAAGUGCUUCCUCUCGACGACGUACCGCCACUGAUCCGGCCAAAACAGACACCACCAAAGGCGAAGACGCAGCGCAAAGCGCGGACAAAGGGAAAAGGCAAAGAGGCAGAGCAAGAGUCUACGAUAGACGUCGAGACACCACAAAACUCUCAGCACCAUGACCAAGAAGACGACUCUUUAUUGGAGCCCGAGACUCGGUCCGGACGUUCGCGGAGAAAAGCUCCUGCGAAACGAACAAGACCUGGCAGCAUAGCCUCCUCCCGAGCAGGUGGCUCUGUGCGGGAUCGAAGUCGAAGCCGGUCCAUCCUCUCGCAUACCGACACAGUAGCAGGUGACAACGAGUCGCAAGCUGGUCGUCGCAUCAAGUCAGAGCGCGGAAACUCGGUGGACCCCACUGAAGAGGAAGGUUCUGUUGGAACACCGUCACACAUGUCCACACGACGCCGUGGAGCAGCUCCGGCCUCAUCCCUCUCGUCACGUCGAAAGCGCAAUGCCCGCGAAGCCUCUCUUGAAGAGAAUGACGAUGCGUCCUUCAGCACCCCGGGUCCGCCCAAGACGCUGGUCGCGCCACGGAACUUCGCCCGCAUGACGGCACCCAUGAUGUACGAUAUCAACUCCCACAAGCAUGCCUCGACAUUCAAUACCGCCGUGCGCGCGAAGGAUGCCGAAGGAUACUACGACAUCAUCAAGCGCCCUACAGAUCUUUCUUCCAUCAAGAAAGCCAUCGCAACGGGCUCAAAGCAAGUUGCCGCAGCUGCAGCCGCGUCGGAUAAUCCCACAGGGAGCCCCGGCGGUGUCAUGGGAGGCGUUGUAGAGUUACCUGUGACGGCUGACAAUGUCCCGCCAAAGGCCAUAGUCAACGCUGCGCAACUGGAGAAGGAGCUCAUGCGCAUGUUUGUCAACGCCGUUAUGUUCAAUCCUGGAGAGGACGGCGUGGUGAACGAUGCGAGAGACAUGUUCCAGACAGUCCAGGGCCUAGUCAGUACUUGGAGAGAUGUGGAGAGGGAUAGUGGACGCGCGGGAAAUGAGGGUACACCAUCGGUUGAAGAAGAGGACCUGCCCACCGCGAGCAAACGAAGGAAGAUAUAG